GUCAUAUUGUAUCCAGAGACUGAACCUCCGGCGGACUCGAGCUCCGUGACGGAGCAUUUCGUCAACAUUUAUUCCAGCAAUUCACGGGCGUCCCUCCUCGGAGGAUCAUUUGAUCCUUCGUUCCGAGGGCCGGGCGGUUUUCGCGCGCGAGAAGGCUACACCAAUGUUCCCCCCCAUCCGCCCCAACGCAAAAUGUACCGGCCCAACUCGCUCUGGACGUGGUCGUUCGCCAUCGUCACCUUGAUUCAGACCAUCAUCACCUUGGGAUUAGAAUGUUAUGUGUUUGCGAAUUUCCAGCUCCAGUUGAAACCGAAAGCCGAAGACGUGACCGCCUCCAAAACCAUCCCCACCUUCCUCGCUCUAUACAGUUUCGGGUUCAUCUACGAGCUCGUCCUGGUGUACGAUGCGCUGCGCCUCAAAAAUACCAUUCAGGUGAUCGGGCUAUGUCUGUGCAAUGUCGGGCUCUUGAUCUACGGGGCGGUGCAGGUACAGCAGAUCAAAGAAGCCGUGGGGGUGUUGACCGUCAACAAAGCGAUCGAUGAGCAUGUCUGGGCCGAAACCGAACCGUUUUUGAUCAUCAUCCCGUGCGUGGUGGCCAUGGGGACGUUGCUGAUGAUGAUUGUCGCCUGGAAAUUGUACGAUGAAUUUGCGUGGUCCAUUUACAAGCACAUCAGCGCGGACCUGCGCAUGAAACGUCGAUAUCUCACUUACCAGAUUUACAUUGCUCUGCUUAAGUUUGAUUUUUUCUUCUUCCUCGGAUUUACGGUCCAGUUUGUGGUGAUCGUCACCAACCGGGCGGAUAUCGAGUUCGGUCUCACUCUGGCGGCGGUCCCGGUGACCAUCCUCAUCCUAGUGUCUGCGGCGUUCUUCGUCCGGCGCGAAAGCUCCGUAGGGAUGAUUAUUAUUAUCCUCCUGUACUUCGCCGCCAUGGCCUACUUCCUCUUCAAACUGGUCCGCAUGUACGCCCCGACAACCUUCCUCGAGUACCUGCCCGCCCGGCGGUCUCUGACCUUCUUCGCCAUCAUCACCUUGGUCUUGAUCGUCUUGACCAUCGUCAACGCCUGCAUGUGCAUGCACAAUUUCCACAAGGGCUUGAAGCCGCACAUCAACCGGAAGAAGGGCGGUAAAGAGACUGAAAAGACCACCGAGUUGUCCAACGUCGCUGGCGGCCAGGUGCCUGCUCGGAUGAUGAUCGAUUGAGCGAGUCAUUCUGCUUUUGAUGCGUGAUCAGCGCGGAUUGUAUAUGCCGCACAUGCGCACAUAUGACCUGUCAGAGGGUUUUGGAUAUUCAAUUUGGAGCGUGUUUCCCUGCAUAUGAUACCUUGAUCGCGUUGAUUUAACGAUUUUCCUUCCCCCAUUUUUUAUUUUUUAUUUUCAGGCCUUUUUUUCGCGAUUUUUCUUCGGAUUCCGUCCUUGCCUAUCUGCAAUUUAUCCUCCCUCAAUGGCACCAGUUCUGUGCGAUUGAUCACCAUCUGUCCUUAGCCUCAUGUCGCAUAUUACGAUUGUGCAUCUUCGAUUUUUGUACUGUAUUUACAAUAAUUAAAUAGAUUAAACAAGAUCAAACAUUAACGGAUUGACCGUAUAGAGAGG